GAAAUUAAUUUAAUUUAAAAAUGGAAAAAGGCGGAAGUCUGGAGGAAAGCUAAAGUAAGAGGGUGAGAAGGUUCUUGACCCAUCAGGAGGAAAAACCCUUUCAUUCUCUUUCAAUUUCAGUCUCUACCGAUUGACUCUGCCCGUCCCACCUGUAUUAACAACUGGGUUUGGAUUGGAUUGGGUUGAAUUAAAUUGGAUUGAAAUCUCUCAUCUCUGUGCUAUUGAUUUGAUGGUCAUUUUUGAAGAGGGAAGAGAUUUGAAAGAUCAGAGGUAGAUUGAAGGAGGAAGGAUGGGGAAAGAGUAGAGAUUAGAGAGUUAGAUUGGAAUACAGAGCAUUGUUUCUUCUUCUUGUUUUUGUCUGUGUUUGUUUCUUUUCUUUCUUUUGGUUUCUAUUUGAUUUAAUCUUCAAGAUUACGGCAGUGGGAGUGUUGAAUAUUGAUCCGUUGUUGUUGGUUUUUAUGGGAACUCCACCAGCAGAGGAGCUUCUGAGGAAGAUCCAAGAGCUGGAGGAGGGUCAAGCGCAUCUCAAGAAAGAGAUGUCCAAACUUCUUCUAUCUGGAACUGCCGCCGCCGAUUCCAACUCCGACCACCAAAUCCACCACCACCAUCAUCACCAUCAACGCUCUCAAUCCAUUUCACCUCAGCGUUCUAGAUUUGCUACGGCUCGGAGAAGAGGUGGCGCUUCUGGAGGUUUAGACGCCGCUGCCGCCGCCUGGAAAAGAGGCUCUUCCUCGUUUCGACAUUCUUCUCCGCUUCAGAGAGAGAGUAGGACUCGUGGCCCUUUGAAUGCAGCCGCCGCCGCCGGAGAUGGCGGCGGCGGCGGCCCUGCCGCUGUGAAUUUCACCAACAAACAGUAUCUGAAUAUCUUGCAGUCAAUGGGACAGCCUGUUUAUAUUUUUGACAUUAAUUAUCGUAUAAUUUACUGGAACCGAGCUGCUGAAAUUGUAUAUGGGUAUUCUGCGGCGGAGGCUCUUGGCCAGGACGCCAUUGAGCUUCUAGUAGAUCCUGAGGAUUUUGCCAUUGCAAACCAUGUAAUUCUUCGUGUCAUGGCGGGUGAGAAUUGGACUGGUCACUUACCUGUAAAGAACAAGAUGGGGCAAAAAUUUAUAGUUGUUGCUACUAACACUCCAUUCUACGACGAUGGUGCAUUGGUUGGAAUUAUCUGUGUAUCAAAUGAUUCGCGGCCAUUUCAAGAUUUGAAGAUUCCUUUAUCAGUGGGUUGUAAACAGCAGGAUGCAGAUUCGAGCAUGGUUCGAUCACGAAUUCCGGUUUCAGCGAAACUUGGUCUCGAUCCUCAGCAGCCUCUUCAAGUGGCAAUCGCUUCAAAGUUAUCGAACUUGGCAUCAAAGGUAAGCAACAAAGUCAAGUCCAAAAUUCGAACCGAAAACAUCUCGGAUCGAGAAGGUGGAAGUGGAGAUGGUUAUCACUCUGAUCAUGGCUAUCCAGAUGCAGUUCUUUGUGACCAUCGGGAGGACGCAAAUUCGAGUGGAGCUAGCACACCUCGAGGAGAUUCCACGGCUCAUGGUACAUUUUCCCGUGUUGAAGAGAAGUUAUCUGGCAAACAGGUCAGGGAUUCUGGUGAUGAGGUUAAAGGAAAACCUACUAUCCAGAAGAUCUUAUCCUUAAAAGCAGAAGAAUGGAUUGCCAAGAAAGGCUUAUCCUGGCCGUGGAAAGGGACCGAGCAGGAAGGAGGAUCUGAAACAAGGGCAGCCCAUUUUGUUUGGCCCUGGUUACAAAUCGAUCAAGAAGCUGAACCAGCUAAUCAUAAGAGUUCCUCUAUAUCUGGGAAACCAGAAAUGCAGCAAAAUGACGGUCAUCGAGCAGUCAAUAACGAGGCGUCGGGAUCUUGGUCGUCGUUCAAUGUUAACAGCACUAGCAGUGUCAGUAGCUGUGGAAGUACCAGUAGUAGUGCAGUCAACAAGGUUGACACAGACAUGGACUGCUUGGAUCAUGAAAUCUUGUGGGAAGACCUUACCAUUGGGGAGCAAAUAGGGCAAGGUUCUUGUGGAACUGUCUAUCAUGCACUGUGGUAUGGAUCAGACGUUGCCGUCAAAGUUUUCUCCAAACAAGAGUAUUCAGAUGAUGUGAUUCUCUCCUUCAAACAGGAGGUAUCCCUGAUGAAAAAGCUUAGACACCCCAAUAUUCUUCUCUUUAUGGGAGUUGUAACUUCACCUCAGCGUCUCUGCAUUGUCACAGAAUUCCUUCCACGUGGAAGUUUGUUUCGUUUACUACAGAGGAACACUGGCAAAUUAGAUUGGAGACGCCGUGUUCAUAUGGCUUUGGACAUUGCACGAGGCAUGAACUAUCUUCACCAUUGCAAUCCACCUAUUAUUCACCGAGAUUUGAAAUCUUCGAACCUCUUAAUUGACAAAAACUGGACUGUGAAGGUUGGAGAUUUUGGUCUAUCUCGACUUAAGCAUGAGACUUAUCUAACAACUAAGACAGGAAAGGGCACGCCUCAAUGGAUGGCGCCUGAAGUUCUUCGUAAUGAGCCCUCGGAUGAGAAGUCCGACAUAUACAGUUUUGGAGUCAUAUUGUGGGAACUUGCAACCGAGAAGAUCCCUUGGGAAAAUCUCAAUUCGAUGCAGGUAAUUGGUGCCGUUGGGUUUAUGAACCAACGUCUUGAAAUCCCCAAGGAUGUGGAUCCACAAUGGGCUUCUAUUAUUGAAAGCUGCUGGCACAGUGAACCUUCAAACCGGCCAUCAUUCCAAGUUCUGAUAGAAAAGCUGAGAGAGGUGCAGAGGAAGUAUGCUAUGCAAUUACAGGCAGCUCGUUCUGGUGCAGAUAACAACAACAAUAAUAAUAUCCCUCAAAAGGAAACAUAAAAAACCAACAAUUUUUAUGGCUCUAUUUUUGCAUAUUCCCCAAUUGAAGAAGCCAAAGUUUUGAAGAGGUUGAGCAAAUGGUGGCCGUGGGAUUGGAGUCUCUCAACAUUAUUUGAUGAACCACAAAGUGGAAUGAAGGAUUUUCUCCCCCUUUUUUUGGCAUUUGAGAGAAAGGACAAUGACUUCUCAGAGUGGCGAUGUCUCAUUUCAACUUGGUGGUAGUGGGUGAGGCCUGCCAUUUUUUUUUUUUUUUGCCCUUUUUCUUAAAGUAAAGUGCCAUAAUAAUAAAAGACCCUUUUUUUUUUUUUUUUGGGUGGGGGGUGUCGGUAGUGCUGUUUGAUUGGGCAUGUUCAGAUGUCACCCACUUGGUUUUUCAUUUGGUGUAAAUGAGGUUUCUGACCACUUGUCAAAAAGUUGUACAAAGAUGAAUGAAACACCACAUUUUUUUUUCCUUUUGAGA